AUUCAUCUGUUUGGUUCGUUUAAUUAUGUGUUUUUCUCUCUCUAGAUUUUAAUUUGGCUUGAAAAUGAGUAAGUGCAGAAAGCCACCAGUUCAGCAGAUGGCAGGGUCAGAGGCUUUUAGUCCAGAGGUACUUGCUGACAUUUCUGAACUGUUCACCAAGAACUUCCCUUACAGAAAGCCACUCAAUGGUGAGUGGCAGCUGCCAAGUCCACAAGAGAUUUUCAGCUGUGACCACUCAGAACUGACUGUGUUUCUUGAGCUGAAACGCUCCCUAAAUGAAGUGAAAAACCUAUUGAGUGACAAGAAGCUGGAUGAGUGGCACGAGCACACAGCCUUCACAAACAAAGCAGGGAAGAUCAUUUCCCACGUGAGGAAAGCUGUGAAUGCCGAGCUGUGCACCCAAGCAUGGUGUAAGUUUCAUGAGAUUUUGUGCAACUUUCCACUCAUUCCGCAGGAAGCUUUUCAGAAUCAAAAACUGAAUUCUGUGCACCUCUGUGAAGCUCCUGGGGCUUUCAUCGCUAGCCUCAAUCACUAUUUAAAGUCCUACCAGUUCCCCUGUGAAUGGAGUUGGGUAGCCAAUACCCUAAAUCCAUACCAUGAGGCAAAUGACAAUCUGAUGAUGAUUAUGGAUGACCGACUUAUUGCGAAUACAUUGCGUUGGUGGUACUUUGGUCCUGAUAACACUGGUGACAUCAUGACCCCGAAGUACCUGACCGGACUGCAGCAUUUUGUAAGCAGCAUGGCUACCGUGCACCUGGUCACUGCCGAUGGGAGUUUUGACUGCCAAGGGAACCCAGGUGAGCAGGAGGCCCUGGUCUCCUCUUUGCAUUACUGUGAAGCUGUCACCGCUCUGACCACUCUUGGAAAUGGUGGCUCUUUUGUCCUGAAGAUGUUUACUUUGUUUGAACAUUGCUCUAUCAACCUGAUGUACCUUCUGAACUGUUCCUUUGACCAAGUCCACGUUUUCAAACCUGCAACUAGCAAGGCAGGGAACUCAGAAGUCUAUGUGGUGUGUCUCCGCUACAAGGGAAGAGAGGCCAUCUCUCCUGUGUUAUCAAAGAUGACGCUGAAUUUUGGGACUGAAAUGACCAGGAAAGCUCUCUUUCCCCAUCAUGCAAUUCCCGAGUCUUUCCUUAAAAGACAUGAAGAAUGUUGUGCUUUCUUUCAUAGAUAUCAGCUGGAGACUAUUUCCCAAAACAUCCGUCUGUUUGAGUGCAUGGAAAAAGAGGAGCAAGAGAAACUGAAUAAUCUAAGGGAUUGUGCGGUGCAAUAUUUCAUGCAACAAUGUCAACUGAAACCUCUUUCCAAAAAUAAUCGGUUAGUAAAAAAAUCUAAUAUCGGUUGUAGUACAAAUACAAAAUGGUUUGGGCAGAGGAACAGAAAUUUCAAAACUUACAAUGAAAGGAAGAUGCUGGAAACCCUUUCGUGGAAGGAGAAAGUGGCCAAAGGGUACUUGAAUAGCUGGGCAGAAGAGCACGCCGUCUACCAGCCCGGGCAGAGCUCUCUGUUGGAAGGGACAGCUUCCAACCUUGAAUGUCACUCCUGGACUGUUUUAGAAGGCAAGAAACUGCCAAAGGUCAAAUGUUCCCCUUUCUGCGAUGGCGAAGUCUUGAAGACUCUCAAUGAAGCAAUUGAGAAGUCAUUAGGAGGCACUUGGGCUCUUGGUCCCAGGCCCAAACAGCAGUAUUGCUGUUCUUGCCACCUUUUUUCUGCCGACCUGGUGCUUUCUGAGGUGUUCAGCCUCAUCAGGUGCCUUCAGGAUGAGCAGGUUGCAGAAGCCAGCAACCCAACCAAGUGCCUCCUCGUGGGCUUGCCCGCUCUCCGGGAUAUCAAAAUGCAUGCGCCCAUGGAAAUUUGCCUCUUGGAGUCAGCUGAACUCGUGACUUUCAGCUGUUCCUUGCUUCAUGAUGGAGACCCCACUUACCAGCGGUUAUUUUUGGACUGUCUUCUGCAUUGCCUGCAGCAGCUUCAGCCAGGAGAUGUUAUGGUUUUGCCAAUACUUUCCUGUUUAACGAGAUUUAUGGCUGGUUUGAUUUUUGUUCUUCACGGCUGCUUCAGGUUCAUCACGUUUUGUUGCCCCACCUCCUCUGAGCCCCUGAGGACCUGCACAGUUCUGCUGUGUGUUGGUUAUCAGGACCUUCCCAGCCCUGUUUUCCAGCACCUGCAGCAUGUGAAUGAACUUUUGAGUACUUCGCUCAACUCUGAUUCUCCCCAGCAGGUUUUACAAUUUGUGCCAAUGGAGGUGCUCCUUAAGAGACCCUUACUUAAUUUCUUAUGGGAUUUGAAUGCUGCCAUUGCCAAAAGACAUUUACAUUUAAUUAUUCAGGGAGAGAGAGAACUCAGCAGCCUUCCAGUAUGAAAUGGGGCGUGGCCUUUCUGAGAUUCAAUUUUGUAACUUGCAGUUUUUCAUGUUGAUUGCAUCCAUUGGCUCUCUUGAUUCGGUAUCUUUCAUUGGAGGACAAGGGCAGCUUCUGCAUCCUCCAGCUUCUUGUUCAUUCUGGAAAACUGUCAGCUAAUUUAGAUCUCCAGGAAGUUUCUGUCCAUCUGCUGGCCUGGAGUUCUCCCAGGAAGUGGUGGUGUUCAGCCUUUCAGAUGAGCCGCGGGUAUCAUGCCUGCCAUGGUCACACCUGUGCUUGCCUAUGCAGGUCAGGUGAUCAGAUCUGCAGACUGGCACCCAUGUGCCUUCGUUCCAGGUGGCUGGUGUUUUUCCAACUAACUGCUUCUCAGUGACUCGCGCAGUUAAGGAGUUGACAGAGGCCGAUGAUGGGAGGAGGCCAGUCGCUCCUCAGCAAUGCUGGUUUUCUGCAGCCCUGGCUGCAGUGGUUGGGGCUUCCAGGGACCUCGUCUCCAUGUGUGCCAUUCGUACUCCUUAGACCCCGUCCUGAUUUUAUGUCAAGUGAGAUGCAACUGGCAUGCUGAUUCCAUGAAUAUUUAACCAGCCACAACCAUCCAGCUAAAAAAAGAAUGGAGCAGCUACAAACCAAAGAUCACGUUUAAAGCAAUGAAAAAUUAUCUAAUCUUCUGCAAUCAUGAAAAGCCUAAUUUAGCUAUGAAAUUUUUGACUUGUGUGAAAUAAUCUGUGAAUGAAAUGACUUUUAACAUUUUAAUGUAUUUAUAGUCUCAUUGGGAAUGUUUGAUGUGAUGUGCAAGGGAUGGACUGGAGAAUAGUAACGCUUUGAGGAUGGUGAUUCAGCAUUUGAAGAGUUUUUAAUGAUUUUUAGUAUGAAUGUAACACUUUGCCCUUACGAUAGCCAUAAAAUGGUUAUUUUAUCCAUCACAUUUGAUUUGUUUCAAAUUGUAUAUUUGUGUUGUGAGCCUUUCUGGCAAACUGUUAAAUAUUUCUUCAUUGUAAGCUUCACAAAGUGGAGAAUGUUUAUAUUCCCACAUGUGCAUUUUUAGGCAUUUUGUUAUAUGAAAAAUAGAUGUAUUCUCUGAUGUAUUUGGUUGAUAAAUAUUCAUCUGAAAAUUUUUCAUGUCUUUGCUAUUUUGAGUUCCAUUAUAGAUUCAUGAAUAAAGUCAUUAGCAGAGCAAUUUUUGUGUUCAUCCUUUUUAAAGAGAAUCAUAGGGAAAGUUAAAAUUAUAACUUGGAAACAGACUUUUUUUAAAAGGGAGAUUUGAAUGGGAGUUAAUGUUCCUUCAUUUCCUCUGAUUUGUAUUCAUUAAAAUUUAGUCCUUAAUAUUGUAAUAUUUAUGGAACAUCUACUUUGGGAAAGAAAUAGAGUCCAUCAGAGUGGGGUUGGGGAGGGAAGGAUGUGCACGUUAGAGGUGGAUUUCUGGAGAUUUUCUACUGCAGACUUUAUAGAAGGAGUUCCAGUUUAUGAUGGUGGGAACCUGAUAGAAAAUAGACUAGUAGCAGAAAAAACCUCUUGGCACUUAAUAGUUUUUAUGCCAUGUUAGGUUAGGGCUCAUAGAGUGGUGUUCCUUACACUUACUUUAGCUGUUUGAAGUUGACAGCCUGGGUUUAGAUGAAAAUGUGAGCCCCUCAAAGAAGUAUUGACUGUUUAGUGUUUUACACGUUGAUCUUUAUCAGAAUGUAUAGCCCUUGGGGUAUACUAGAAUAUGUUUUUAAACAAAGUUUUGAAAUCUGUUCGAUCAGUUUAUUGAAUUCCGAUUGCUUUAGAGAUGAGAUUGAUUUGAAGGUUCAAAUUGAAUUGAAUGAAAAUGGCAGGUACCAGUAUUGUACAGGAAUUUCUCUUUGAUUGAAAAGGGAGGAAAAUUGGUACCUCAAAAAUUAGUGAACAGAGGAGAACAGGAAAACAUGAGAAAAGUUUUGGCACGUUUUU